AAAACUACCACAUAAACUACUGCAGCAUAAAUACUGGAGGCUGAGACAGAUCUUAGCAUUCAUAACAAUGGUUAUAAAACUGUACCACAUAAACUACUGCAGCAUAGAUACUGGAGGCUGAGACAGAUCUUAGCAUUCAUAACAACGGUUAUAAAACUGUACCACAUAAACUACUGCAGCAUAAAUACUGGAGGCUGAGACAGAUCUUAGCAUUCAUAACAAUGGUUAUAAAACUGUACCACAUAAACGGAAUGUAAAAACAACAGGAAAAAAUAGAUGCUGUGAUGGCAGCAGCAGAGAUGUGUUUGGGGUAUAUGAAAUGUUGACUUCAGAAGAGUUAGUGUGUUGAGGUGGGGGGUGUCCCGUCCUCUCAGACCGUUGGCAUGGUGAAAGGAGCAGAUAGGGGUCAAAGUGUGUGGGAAUGGGGUAAGUGGCUUUUUAAAAAUGAGUGUAGACGGUGAUGUCAAGGGGCUCUAUUUAAUUUAUUUCUUAGAGGAACAAGACUAAUGAAGAGAAUUGAAUGUAGACCUUUUUUGCCUUCACCUCCCUUAUCUCGCCUCACUUGCUCACAUCGUAUAUAGACUUAUUUUUCUACUGUAUUAUUGACUGUAUGUUUUGUUUUACUCCAUGUGUAACUGUGUUGUUGUUUUGUGUCGAACUGCUUUGCUUUAUCUUGGUCAGGGUCGCAGUUGUAAAUGAGAAUUUGUUCUGGUUAAAUAAAGUGAAAUAAAAAUAAAUAAACUAAAAGACCGACCACGUCGGUGAACUGCCCUCUCACUCCAGUCCAGUAGGUGGCGGUGUAUAAAACCACACCGAACAGUUGGAUGCGAUCCGCCAAGAAGAAAGUCCCCGAGUCUGUAGUUGGUUCAACCCCCGGGUCAGAGGAAUGAGAAAUGCGUGGUGCUCAGAACUAGAGGUGUUGUUUUGUUUUUUAACGAGUUUUACUUAUAUAAUAACGAUUUAAAAAUAAAAUAAAAAGCUUCCGUUAAAAAUCAUAUGGACAAGACAAGACAAGACCGUAAGAACAUAAUUAUUAUUAUUUUUUUUACCGAUUUUGCCUCGUCACUUGAAAUACCGUUUUAGUACUUCCGACACUGUUGCUGAACGGGUUGCUAACCAGUUAGCCAUGCUAACUAUCUAGCCUGUAUUCACAUGAAAAUAGUCCAAUAACAGGACAGGAAUAACGCAACGACUAAACUAAUAGACGCAGAUUCAUUCCGUGUCAUUUAACUCGUAAAAAUAGUAUAAAUUUACUACUUGAAUCGUCGACUUUUUUUGGUUGGAAAACAACCCGUUUUAAGUGAGCUAAGUUGUUAGCCACAUCACAACAUAACUACCGUGAGGACGGUCACCGGGAGCCUCCCGGUCCCCGCGUCUACAGACGGACAAUUAUGGAAGUGAAAUAACUAUAAUAUAACCAACUCCUACAUUUUAUAUUGUUCAAUAUAUAUAAAAUAAAACAUGUCAGCCAGUGGUUUCUCCGACCUGCGGGAAAAGCUGAAGUCCAUGACUCCUCACCGGGACAAUUACAAAAACAGAGUUACCGAUAAGGACGACAGUUACAAAAAUAGGAAAGUUAAAGUUACCGACGGAGGUAGUAGUAACGGGAACGGCCGGAAGCGGAAGCACCGAGAUUCCUCCGAGGAUGAGGUCGAGCCUGUGGAGUCCCGUGAGCAGGAGGCGAGGCGUGUCCAGAGUGGCAUUGUUCAGGUAGAGGUCUUCUCUAAAGAGGACUGUGAUGUCAUUGAGGGCAAGAUAAAUGAGGUGGUUGCUAACGGAGAAGCGGGGCUUUACCGGGAACACACCGUAGAUCGGGCACCGCUACGGAAUAAAUAUUUCUUUGGAGAGGGCUAUACAUACGGGGCCCAGCUAGAGAAGAGAGGACCAGGUCAGGAGAGAUUGUACCCUAAAGGAGAGGUGGACGACAUCCCGACCUGGGUUCACGACCUCGUCAUCACUAAACUGGUCGCCAGCGGGGUCGUACCUGAAGGUUUUGUGAACUCAGCGGUGAUCAACGACUACCAACCAGGCGGCUGCAUCGUGUCACAUGUCGACCCGCCCCACAUCUUCGCCCGGCCAAUCGUAUCCGUGUCCUUCUUCUCAGACUCGGCCCUCUGCUUCGGCUGCCGCUUCCAGUUUAAACCAAUCAGAGUGUCCGAGCCCGUCCUUGAGCUUCCUGUCAGGAGAGGAAGUGUUACUGUCCUCAGUGGCUACGCGGCUGACGACAUCACCCACUGUAUCCGCCCCCAGGACAUCAAGGAGAGACGAGCUGUCAUCAUCCUCAGGAAGACGAGACCAGAUGCUCCCCGUGUAGACCAGAGCCCCUCCCCUAAACCCUCCCCCCCUGAGAGACACGCCCCUCUGAAGGCCAAACGCUCUCACCGCAGAGCUGACCCAGACGCUGCACACAGACCGAGGGUUCUGGAGAUGGAUAAGGAGGAGAAUCGUCACUCCUCCUCUUCGUCCCGCCUUCAUCGCCGUAGCAACAGCUCCGAGAACUACUGGAGGCGGAGCCAAGACGGCGACGUGUCACGCAAGGUCAAGAUGCGGCGUCACUGAACACCGGACUGGAUGGGCUCAGAGAGAGAGAGAGAGAGUGUGUGUGUGUGAGUGAGGGCGUUGGAUCGUCAGUCUGUUAAACCCCCCCUGCAUGCUCGGGUGGAUGGAACACGCCACGAGGCUGUCAGCCAAUCAGAGACUGGCCUGAGGACAGAGGGCGGGGUUACAGUAAAGACUGUGGGAAGUUCUGUUGUUGCUACAAUGCCCCCCCCUGUUGCUACGCUGCCCCCCCCCCAUGUCCUUGUAAACAGUGUUUCUGUAGGAACUAACUCCUCCGUGGUUCAUUGGACAGAGACCCUAUGGGGGAGAUGAAUGGUGUUUCUGUAGGAACUAACUCCUCCGUGGUUCAUUGGACAGAGACCCUAUGGGGGAGAUGAAUGGUGUUUCUGUAGGAACUAACUCCUCCGUGGUUCAUUGGACAGAGACCCUAUGGGGGAGAUGGAUGGUGUUUCUGUAGGAACUAACUCCUCCGUGGUUCAUUGGACAGAGACCCUAUGGGGGAGAUGAAUGGUGUUUCUGUAGGAACUAACUCCUCCGUGGUUCAUUGGACAGAGACCCUAUGGGGGAGAUGGAUGGUGUUUCUGUAGGAACUAACUCCUCCGUGGUUCAUUGGACAGAGACCCUAUGGGGGAGAUGAAUGGUGUUUCUGUAGGAACUAACUCCUCCGUGGUUCAUUGGACAGAGACCCUAUGGGGGAGAUGAAUGGUGUUUCUGUAGGAACUAACUCCUCCGUGGUUCAUUGGACAGAGACCCUAUGGGGGAGAUGAAUGGUGUCAUUAAGGUGAUGUUAACUGACUGAUAUUAUCAGAGAACCACAACAACACCUCCCAGCCUGUGUUAACCUCAGAUCUUAUUCUUCCGUUUAUCCCCAAACCCCCUCCGUUCAUUUCCCCAGUGGGACUGGCUGAAUUAACCAGUAGGAAUGGCUGAACGAACCAGUAGGACUGGCUGAACGAACCAGUAGGAAUGG